AUGGCGACCUGUACUUAUAACGCCCGAACGCUUGCAUCGCAUGCGGCCAUUGAAGAUCUGAUGAUGCAAGCCAAGAAGAUGAAGUACGACGUCAUCGGAAUGACCGAGACGAGACGAUGUCACCCUCUCAACGCCGUAUAUGAAACUGGAGAAGAACUGUUCUUAGAAACAUGCAACAGUAGAGGUGUUGGUGGAGUUGGCGUCCUCGUCAACACGAGUAUGGCAAAGAACAUCAACUCUUUCGAACAACUUACGACCCGAAUAGGACAUCUGCGGAUGAGAAGAUGUGGUCCAACACCAGCUUUGACUAUCUUCGUCGCUUAUGCUCCAACAUCAAGCUACGAAGAAAAAGAAGUCGAAGCUUUCUAUAAGGACCUGGAGAAGUUCUAA